AUGAAUAAUAAAAUUAAAUUGGUUUAUUUUAUUUAUUUUAUUAUAGUUUAUCCAGAAAUAAAUUCAACCAUUCUCACCCUUAAAGACGAACUUGGACAAAAUAAUGGAACGAAUGUUAUAACGGACGUAUUAAGAAAUCAAAUGCACCUUGACCAACUCAUAUCAGGCAACAAUGAUGAGACAUCUAUUAAUUUAACACCCCUCGACGAACAUUCUGGUUCGAACAAUCAAUCGGAUUCGACGAGUGCAACAACAACAACAACAACAACAACGACAGCAGCAGCAUCGGGUGUUUGCAAAACACCAACACCCUCUUCGAAAUCUCCUUGUGAUAUACAUACAAGAGUUUCAUCUCCUACGACAACUUCAACCAUUCCAUCAACGUGUGAAAAAUCACAAGAAAAACCACCCUAUAGUUACGUCGCCAUGAUAUCAAUGGCCAUCACGAGUAAAAAAGAAAAACGGGCAACAUUAAAUGAAAUAUAUAAUUUUAUAACAACAAAAUUUCCAUAUUUUAGAGAUCAAGAAAAAAAAGGCUGGCAAAAUUCAAUAAGACACAAUUUAUCGUUAAAUGAUUGUUUUAUUAAAGUUCCAAGACAAGGCGGUGGAGAGAAAAAAGGAAAUUAUUGGAUUUUAACAAUGGACCCGAGCAAAAUGUUUGAAAAUAAUAAUUACAAGAGAAGAAAAAGAAUGAGGAGACCAUUGAAAACAUCAGCUCCAACAUAUCCAAAGUCAUUUUUUGGGGAUCCAUAUCCGAGUCAUUUACAAUUUAGACAUAGAAAUUUAUAUAGCGCAGCAAGGUACACCUCUUACGGAAGUCCGACGCCAUGGAAUUUACCCACAAAUAUAUCAAAUCCACAAAUUCCGGGUUAUACAAAUUGUCAAGUUAGAAGUCCAGGACUUAAUCCAUAUGCUCAAUUGCCUACAACCUUAACGUCUCAAUUGCAACCCGUUCAAUCAAUGCAAAUAUCAUCAAUGAACGGUUAUAAUCAAUUUACAAAUUCGAUGAACGGUUACAAUCAAUUAAGCACUUCUUUAGGUAGUGGAUCACCCUCACCUGUUGGCGUUAGCAGUUUUACAUCCGGAUUUUCAUCAUGUAGUAGAAGGCAGGAUUCUGAUGUGAGAUAUUCUAGUUAUACAUGGGCCGACGGUAAAAUCUAA